AAGGAAAGCCCCUGGCAGAACGCGCGUCGAGAUCGAGCCACGACCGCGACCGCGACACGCCGCCGCCACCACCACCCAUCGGCGUCGUCGACGGGACGGUGGCGAUCGAUGGCGGACGACGAGCCCGACCGCCUGUCGCAGCUUCCCGAUGACCUUCUCCAGCACAUCCUCCAGCUCGCGCCGUGUAGGGAGGCCGAGUCCACGGCGGUGCUCUCGCGGCGGUGGCGCGGGCUGUGGCCCCCGCCGACGAGCGCCGUCAAGUUCGACAUCCCCUCCAUCAUCGACAGCGACAAACUCCACCGCAGGCGGCCAGAUGCCUUGUUACGCGGCGCCAAGGAGGCGCUCGCCGCUGCGCAGGGGCCCGUAAAGAGGAUCUCCAUCCACGUGGGCGAGGAAUGCCGGUUCGUCGACAUCGUCGUCGGCGACGUGCUUUCCUACCUGGCGUCCCGCGGCGUGCAGGAUGUCCGCAUCAUCGGGGCCGAUGACUCCCGCCGAAAGGCCAGCAGCUACAACGACGACUCCUCCUGGUCGUGGCUGCCCCAAUACCACGUGGGGGAGUUCGAGUUCAGCUUUGGCUCCGUGGCAUCCGCCGCCGCCCUCCGGCUCCGCGUGCUGCACAUCACCAACUGCAGGGACCUGACGCCGCCACCGCGGGCGUCCACGUUCCCGUGUCUCGAGGUGCUGCGGCUGCGAAAGUGCACUGUCGAUCUUGACAGGCUCCAGGACAUGGUCGUCGCCUCGCCGCAGCUCGCCGCCUUGCGGCUUGAAUAUGUUUUUUUCUCAACAGUGGCAGCCCAAUGGCAGGAGAAUGAUCCAGACUAUUACGAUGAUUAUUCUGAACGACGUUGGAAUUUCUCCAAACAAAGCUUCUGCUGUCCAGGGAUCACCACACUCGUGCUACUGAAUUGCUACUGCGAAUGGGGGAACUAUACCGCACUCGAGCUCGAUGUGCCAAGGGUGCAACACUUCAGAUACAGAGGGAGGAUUGACCAGUUCACACUGAGAUCUCCACUGCCGGAUGUGAGGAGAGUGUAUCUGCACAUUCUUGACAGCAAUGGUACCGGAGACUUCCAGUGCGAAACGUUCUGGAACUUUCUAAAGAAUUUUGGCAAUACCAAGGUCCUGAAGCUGAAGGUCGAGUACCCCAUCGAUUAUGUCGCGGUGCCGGACAGGGAGAGAUUCAGGGAGCUCCUAGGUGAGACGUUGUUCAAUGUCGAACACCUUGAGAUCGAUGCACGACACAACUCCACGAGUGCGGGUGUGGCAAUAGGAAACUUGCUCCAGUGCUGCCCUGUUAUUCUUGACCUCAGGCUGAAGCUGAACACUGCUGACCAACCUAGGAGAAGCAGAAACAAAGCUCAGUUGGAGUUUCACAAGUCUGUUGAUCAUUUCAGGCGCCGCAGAGAUCGUCCAGUGAUUCCCAUGUGUGGAGAAGAUGUCAAUGCUGCGGUUGUUUCUGAUAUUCCUGGCUUCAGCGAUAGAUGGUUUCACUUCAGAUGUUUGCGAUUCCAUUUAAGGAGAUUGAGCCUGCAGUUUCAGAUGGAUAAGCCUGACUGUCUCGGCAUCCAACUAGCGAAAUUCUUCGUCGAGAGAGGAAUGGCCCUUGAGGAAAUGUACAUUGACGAUGGGAACAUGAGACUGUGGGAGGCUGGGAGCACAUGAAUUGCAGGAUUAGUGGAUACAAGCCUUCUUCAGAGCACCAAGUUUUGGCGAGAAUGUCACCAGCAUUUAGCAUGAACCAAUUCAGUUCGUCAAAGAUUAGCGUGGGUGGUUUCACCUCCGCAAACUAGAAGUAAGGCGAACACACCCGUGGAGCGCAGUGAGUAGAAGCUUUACAAUCUUGCCAUUGGCAGAUGCAUGAAUGUAGUGGUUUUAAUUGAUCAUCAAAGGUACUUAUGAAUAAUUGUAUUGUUUUAGUAAAAGCUUUGUUUUUCUUGGAUCUUUGGGCACCAUAUGAAUAAGGUACUUAUGCAAGAUUUUGAUAUCUUUGGGCACCAUAUGAAUAAGGUACUUAUGCAAGAUUUUGAUAUGAA